GUGUUGGCCGGAAAACCAUUGAUUUCGGGAAGUGCCAUUGGCACGGAAGGACAGCUCUCUGUCUACAACUGGAAAAAUGGACCCUGUUAUCGAUGUUUGUAUCCCAAACCAAGCAUCACGGCAGGUGCAAAAUCCUGUAGUGACAAUGGAGUUUUGGGACCCGUCCCGGGCUUGAUUGGGGUAUUGCAAUCCUUGGAGGUUUUGAAAGUGCUAACCGAUACGGGAAACUCCAUGAAUGAACGAAUGCUCAUGUACGAUUCCUUGCAGUGUUCUUUCAUGACUCUCAAAAAACCCAAAAAGCAAUCCACAGCAUGCCCUGUUUGUAGCGGAGAAAACGCCACAAUCAAAUCCAUGGCAGACAGUGCCCAAGAUUUGCAAGCUGCACGAGGACCUGCCAGCUGUGACAUGUACACUCCAGCUCCGCUCGAACCAGAAUACCAGAUUUCGUGUACGGAUUACCAUGAUCUGCAACAGCAACGGCAACAGCAACAACAGCAUGUCUUGUUGGAUGUACGAGUCAAGGAACAGUACGAUCUCUGUGCUCUGAAUGACCGUGCCAUCAAUAUUCCACUCGCGAGCUUGGAGGAAAACCUGGACCGUGUAGCGAAGCUUUCAGAGGGAUGGACCAAACCAGUCUAUUGUUAUUGUCGUCGAGGUGUCUUGUCCGUAGAAGCCACAAAGCUCUUGAAUGACUAUGUGACGAAACAGAAUGAUCCUAGUAACAAGCCAACCAUCAAAAACAUCAAGGGUGGAUUAGAAGCUUGGAGGAAGCAAGUGGACAAAUCAUUUCCCAACUAUUAG